CCUUCCCUUGACCUCGUGACGAUUUCCUUUGAUGUUAAGGAGAAAGCGGUUAGGAAGCAUCCACGCUGGAUGAUGUUGCGUCAUCAGGUGCAGCUACGACACAGUUAAAAAAAAAAGAGAUAAGUGAGUGGCAUUGCCCUUUAAAUGAACCGGCCAAUGGCAAUGAGGCACGUCCGACCGGCCCGACCGGCCGACGGAGACGUUUGUUCGGGGAUGCUGUCAGGAAGUGGCUUACUCGUCGCACAGCAAGCUUGUCAUUCUGGCUGCGCGGGGCUAUGUUACACAACCAGCCCGUCAUGCAAACUAGAAGCACGUGUCGAUAGGCGGUGCUGAAAAGCGCAGGUUCACUGAACAACAAAGAAAAACAGCAGUGGAGGAAAAGCAGCUUUGUCGCAGAGAGGACAAUGACACGAACAUGAUCAGCGCCAAUGGCUUCUCAAAAUGCGAGGCGACUCAGCGAGAGAGGGGCAGGAAGAGGCCACCGGCAGAGAUGCUCCAUCUGCUGUCUGCCGUGAUCGUGUGGCUGGUGACGGGCACCACCAUCUCCAGCCUCAACAAAUGGAUAUUCGCAGUCUACAACUUCAGGUACCCGCUGCUGCUCUCAGCACUGCACAUGCUGACAGCCAUUGUGGUCAACUAUGGGCUGAUCAAGCUGCGGGUGAUCCACCACAGAGGGGCCGGGGAGCAGGACCUGACAGCCAGCGCAAAGUGUAAGGUGUUUCUGCUGAGUCUGACAUUUUGUGCCAGUAUCGCCUUCGGGAACAUGGGUCUGAACUAUGUCCAGCUGUCAUUUGCACAAAUGAUCUACACCACCACCCCGCUCUUCACCCUGGCCAUCUCCACACUUAUACUGGGCAAGCAGCAUCACAUCCUCAAAUACAUGGCCAUGAUGCCCAUCUGCCUGGGAGCCUCAUUCAGCAUCCUGGGGGAGGUCCAGUUCGAUCAGACCGGCUGCUUCUUUGUGUUCGCUGCAACCAUGCUGAGGGGCGUCAAGUCCAUUCAGCAGAGCAUCUUACUUCAGGAGGAGAAAAUCAACUCUGUGUUCCUGCUCUACCUGAUGUCCAUUCCGAGUUUCUGCAUCUUGACUGUGGCUGCUCUGGCCUUAGAGAACUGGACUCUGAUGGAGUCGCCGCUGCACUACGACCGCGAACUGUGGGUCUUCAUCCUGCUCAGCUGCAUGGGGUCGGUCAUGUACAACUUGGCGAGCUGCCGCGUCAUCACGCUCACCUCGGCCGUCACCCUGCACAUCCUCGGCAACCUGAGCGUGGUGGGGAACCUGCUGUUGUCGCAGCUGCUGUUCGGCAGCGAGCUGUCUGCGCUCAGCUGCGUCGGUGUGGUGUUGACACUGUCUGGCAUGCUCAUCUAUCAGAACUCGGAGUUCAUCGUCCGCUGUCUGGACGCGCACAGCUCCAGAGCUAAAGGGUCGGGACACGGCGCGUGUGGAGAGGACACUGACAAACAUGAAUCUGAACCGACGCAUCAUCAGCAGAAAACAGACGGGAAACAGGAAGACAAGAUAGACUGAAGUGAGAGGAUGAAGGAGAGAAUAAGAUGUAGAACGAAAAAGAAAAUGCUGAAAACCUGUGCUGUACUUCUCUGCUCUUUGUGUCAUUGAGCGAUCCAGAGCAGCAGAGGGAGUGUGACCUUAUAAGGCCAUCGUCACUAAUGUGACCUUUUUUUAUUUUUUUUAAUUCUUUAUUCUUUUACUUCCCCACUGUGCCAAUUUGUUCCUCCUCUGGUCAAAGGACCCGAGUCUUCAGAGAAGAGAAGGUUGCCUCUUUAUUUCUCGCAGAGAUUUUUUCAUCUGUACAGAACUUCUGUCGGUAUAUGCAUGAGCGCACUGAACUGUUUGAUACCUCGUCAGGUAUUUACCACUGUUACUCGCUCCACUCCACUGUGAAACAGUUCUCAUCAACAGAGGGCUCCGAUCUUUGUGUUCUGUGGCUGACGUGGACACUGGGCUCGCAGAACCUCAUAUUUGACUAUUGUUAUUUUAAAAUAAUAAUAGUUAUAGUAGUUAUUUAUCUAUAUAUAUAUAUAUAUAUAUAUACUUUUACCUGACAUUCACCUGGCCCUUGCAUGGUAAGGGACUUGGUUUUUUUUUGGCAGCUUUUAUUUUAUUCUAUUUUAUUUUUUGUUAGAAUGUGAAGCAGGAAGCUAGGUUAAAUAAAGAAAUUGCAGUUGUUGUUGUAGGGCUAAAACCUUUUUUUUUUUUUUUUAGAGGCUCUGUGUUUUGUCCUCCCUUUUGAACCUUGAUGUCGCUUGGCCAAUUAAGGCCAAGAUUUUGUUCUCCCACCGGCUCCAGAGGAGGGCCUCUGUAGAAUUGGUCCAAUUAGUUCCAUCUUUUUACAACAGCAGCACUCGCCGCAGUUUCGAUAAUUAGAUUCACGAGUUCUCUAAGGAGUGUCACUCCACUUCCGCAGUCUCUCUAAGCAGGGGGAUGAGGAACAGGAAGACAGGCGUCCUUUCAGGUGGCUUCUUUCUGUGCAUCCUGGCCCAAUGUCGUUUGUUGAGUUAAAUACCCAUUUUUUUGUGGACGGACAAGUUGGUUAAACAGCACAUUUACACUGUAGAAUUUGGUUAUCAAGAGUCUUGCACAUGCAUUCAGUUAUUAUUUGAUCGCUCUAGUCUCUUGUAUACCUCUCUGGAGAAAAGUCAGGUAUAAUUAGCUGCCACUCCGCCUGGAAGCGUCUUAAAUGGUCUGGGACGUCUGUCAUACUCCAACGUUUGUGGUUUGCCAAAUGUUUACUUUGAAAGCUUCUUUUUUUCUUUACAUCCCUUUGUGUUGCAAUACUGGUUCUGUCAGUGAGCUCAUGUUAUCAUUACAAAUCAUUUAAGAGCUUUCACACAAUGACACAACAACAAAGCCAUGACACCUUUCUGUAUAUUAUGCCAUAAGAAUUAACUGCAGGUAGGAUUUUUACUUGAUGUGCCAUUCAUAAAAUUACAUUGUCCUCCUGAGCAUUGUUACAAAUUGGGAAUUAAUCUAUGGACUUCAGUACUAUUCAAUAAUCCCCAGUCAGUUGAAAAUGUUAAGAAAGAUGUGGAGUGAUUUUGUUUUGCAGUUUGAUAAUUGGUUUUAAUAUUUUAAAAUAACCUCAGUUACAGAGUUACAGGUUAUGUACAGUCAGUGAAUCACUGUUGAUUUUCAUUGAAUACCUCAGCUGUUCAAUAGGACUCCUUAUGCCCAUGUCUUUGUUGAUAUUAAUUACUGGACAGACAUCAAGCUGUUUGUUGUUGUUUUCUUUUUCAACCACACUAAAAGAGUAGGUGAACGAUUCUAAUUCAUGUUGUCGUGUCGACUCUUUAGGUUUAUACUCUCAGUUCAACUCUGUCUGGUGUCCGCUUGGCAGGUUUGGCUGCUUCUUCUCAUGAAUAUCACAUCGAGUAGAUAACGAGUGGGGCAAAGCAACAGUUGCACUGACACGGUGAAGAGACGCCCUCUUCGAAGCCCAUGAUGGCUCCUGUGUAUAUACUGGUUUUGAUUGUUCGCAAAAGCGAGAUGGAUGUAAAUAGUUAUUUUAUUAUAUUUAUGUAUUUUAUAGUAAUAUAUGGCUCGUUGAAACUACACUGGUUUAAGAAUGAAAUGUUUGCCUCAUGCCUUAUUUGGACACAGAAGAAAAGGAAGGAGUGAGUUGAAUUUUUUUUUUGGGGGGGGGGGGGGGGUUGUCAAAUUGUUCAAAUUGUUUCCAACAGCAGCCAUACAGGCACUUCUGUUCGGCGGCAAAGGUUUGCACCAUUCACAUGAUCUGCAACUGCUUGAAUAGAAAUGAACUGACUGGUACAAUAAACAAUAACAAAACCAAA